AUGACAAUUGAAAACUGUGCUGGACAUCAUUAUGAUAUGUAUUGUCUGGAAACAUUAAUUAAUAAAUCAUUUCCAUUAUUACGCAUUGGAAUGACUCGUUCAAUUACAAUGUCACAAAAACAAGCAGCUUCAUUGUUAGCUUGUGCAUUUUUCUGUUUAUUUCCAUAUCGUUCUAGUAAUGAACAGAAUGAUGAAUAUGAAAAUUUUCAAGAUCCAAAUUUUAAUCAACUAUACAAAUAUGGACCUCCACAAAAAAUAGAAAAACUCAAAUGUAUUUUACAUUAUUUUCAACGUAUUACAGAAGAAAUGCCCAAAGGUGUAAUUAGUUUUGGACGCUUUUCAUUACCUGUCAAUUCCAUCCCAGAUUGGUCAAGUUCAAUCAAAAAUCUCUGUGGUAUACAUUUGACCACGGGUGAAAAAAUCGAAGAUGUAAAAUGUGCUCUACAGGUUGAUUUUGCUAAUAAAUAUAUUGGAGGUGGUGUUUUAGGUGCCGGUUGUGUACAAGAAGAAAUUCGUUUUACUAUUUGUCCUGAAAUGCUUGUUAGUUUACUUGUAUGUGAAAAGAUGGAGGUCAAUGAAUGUAUCUUUCUUAUUGGAUGUGAACAAUAUUCAUCAUACAAAGGUUAUGCCAACUCAUUUCAAUUUGAUGGAGACUAUAAAGAUAACACAUCUAAAGAUAAUUGGGGUCGAAAAUGGUGUCAUGUCGUAGCAAUGGAUGCUGUUUGUUUUUAUGAUCCAACCUUACAAUAUGAUAUGAAAUAUGUGCAACGUGAGUUAAUCAAAGCUUACACAAGUUUCUAUCCUCAAGCAACGAAAAUCGAAAGAGAAAAUAUGUUUGGUAUUGCUACUGGAAAUUGGGGUUGUGGUGCAUUCAAUGGCGAUAGACAAUUGAAAGCAAUUAUUCAAUUAAUGGCCGCUUCAGAAGCUGGACGUCCACUAAUUUAUGCAGCUUAUCUAGAUAAAAAUUUGGUUAAAUCAUUCUAUGAAGUUUAUGAAUAUUUAUUCAGUCAACGAGCAAGAGUACGGCAUUUAUAUCGAUAUCUUGAACGUUAUUCUAUAGAAAAUAAUCGAAGAUCGCUAUUCGAAUAUAUUCUUAAAACACCAAUGUCUUCUCUUCAGUCAUAA